AUGUGGUGGUUCUUCAGGGCGAUAUUCAGCUCUAUCUUCCUGCUCAGCAUCGUCCUCUCCAUCCCCGUCGCUUUCGAUGUCGGCGGUCGCGAUAGUGGACUGGCCUACAGUCUAGCCCUGUUCCUUUUCUACUUUACAUAUUCCAGCCUCGAGCUUUUGACGCCAGAAAAGUCACGCUCGCGGUAUUUCCUUUCUGGAUUUCUACGGUUGUCGCAGUGGAUCAUCAUCCCCGCCCUCCUCAUCUGGGCGCUGGGACAGUUCGCUGUCGAUGCCGACAACACAAAUUGGGUGGAGCGAACAGUGGGUGGUCUGUUCAACUCCAAGAGCACAAGUUGGAGGGAAUGGAUGUUUGGCAAGGACGGCUUGGUUGAGACGAUCACGCUGGGUGGAUGGGAUAAUGUGCUACGGUAUUCGGGGCCCGUGUUCCAGCUUCUGGAGGGCUUCUGCACCUUGCUGGUCAUCCAGGCAGCGGGACAGCUCACAAGAUGGCUUGUCAACCGUGGAAGAAGCGAUACUUGCUCCAUCAUGGCUAGCGCCGUGUACUUCCUCUGGAGGGUAGCACAAUUCCCUCAAAUCGGUAACCUGGAUGCCACUCUUAUUGGAAUCGCGAUGACAACUGCCGUGUUCCUGUGCGCUUUUGGUAUCGGCAGUGGUCGCGGCAAUCCUAUUGAGUCGUCGCUUCUGUUUGCCUAUAUUGUGCUCUGCAUCUACCAGAUCUUCACCGAUUAUCUGCCAUCAGAAAAUGCAGACCAUACACAAGGUCAAGAUGGCUCAGAGUCUGAUAUUCCACCUUUACCGCCUGUCAUCAUGGCAUCUUACUCGACUUUCCUCCAUAUGCUGGGCUCAUUGCCGUCCGCUGUCCACUCGUCAUUGGCGCUACUAUAUGCUGCCUUCCAGACUAUCACGCCAUCAGUCAUCAUUUCGCUAACAUACCGCUCUUUGGUAUUCUACUGCGCUACCCGUAUCAUCCCCUCAAUCCGCGAGUCGGGUGCGCGAGCCAUGAUGCAAGAACCAGAUUGGGAGGACUCUGAGACUGCAAGUAAAUUCUUGGGAUUUCUCAGCUGGUUCUCGCCGUCAAUUUUAAUAGCAGUCUACACCAGUCUGCUCCUACAGCAUUUCUCCACCAGCGAUGGUCCAGAUGGCUGGACUCUUCGAGGUGGUGAUGUUGAGGGCAGCAACUGGCAGUGGGCCAACAUCGGCCUAACCAUGGUUUUGUACGGUGUCGAGCUCUACCUAGGCUCUGACGAGCAUGACCACUGGAAGGUUGAUUAA